AACGUAAUGUGAAGUCGAACAGUUAUCGCCAGCAAUCAAUCGUUCGAUAGUCGAAUAAUAAAAUCAAAGAUAAUCUUAGAUAUUGAUAGUGCAAAACUAUGCUAAAAAAGUGCUUAAACUUAUAUGUGAUCGAACGAAAAGACUAUUUUUAUUAAAAUUAAACAAUCAUAUAUAUGAUCUCAUCAUCGAAUUGACAAAAUACUGAAAGCUAUGAAAUUGAAGAGAAUGGGAUUGUUUAUAGGAUUUGGAGUGAUCAUUUUGAUUAUCGCAUGCAUGUAUAUCGGUUCGAAACAUGGCGAUCCUAUGCAGUCACCUAACAUCGUCGUUAUCAUCGCUGAUGAUCUUGGAUGGAACGACGUUAGCUUUCACGGCGCUGAUGAGAUUCCUACACCGAACAUAGAUGCUCUCGCAUACAAUGGUGUGAUACUAAAUCGACAUUAUGUACUACCAAUAUGCACACCAUCGAGAACAGCUUUCCUCACUGGGAGAUAUCCCAUAAGGGCAGGUAUGCAGGGCUUUCCUUUGCGAGGAGCCGAACCACGCGGAAUACCUUUGAAUGAUAUUCUUUUACCCGAGUAUCUUCGAAGAGUUGGAUAUACUACUCAUCUGGUGGGAAAAUGGCAUGUUGGUUAUCAUACAAGAAAUUACGGACCUACUCGUCGUGGCUUCGAUACUUUUGUUGGAUAUUAUAAUGGUUAUAUCCAAUAUUUCAAUCACACACUCUACGAAAGUAAACAAUUUGGUUACGAUUUGCAUCGUAUUGUGGGUGAUAAUCACACGAUUGAAUAUAACUAUAAAUAUAUGACUGAUUUUAUAACCAAUGAGGCUAAAAAUAUUAUUUCAUCGCAUAAUCCUGCGAAACCUCUGUAUUUGCAAUUGGCACAUCUUGCGGCUCAUGUCAGCGAUGCCGAAGAGGGCAUGGAAGUACGCAAUUGGGGAAAAACAAAUGCUACUCUUGGUUAUAUCAAAGAUAUAAAUAGAAGAAAGUACGCAAGUGUCGUUACUACAUUGGAUGAAUCAGUCGGUCGAGUAAUCGAUGCUCUGAGGAGAGCAGAUAUGUUGAAAAACUCAAUUAUUGUUUUCAUGUCUGACAAUGGAGCGCAGACUGAAGGAAUCUUGCAGAAUUACGGAUCCAAUUAUCCACUUAGAGGGUUGAAAUUCAGCCUUUUCGAAGGCGCCGUUCGCGGCGUAGCAUGCAUCUACUCACCCUUGAUUGAGUAUUCGUCGAGAGUUUCUUCUCAAUUAUUUCAUAUUACCGAUUGGUUGCCAACAUUAUAUUCCGCGGCUGGCGGUAAUCCGAAUGAUCUGAAACAAUUGGAUGGCAUUGAUCAAUGGUCUGUACUUCAGAGCGCGAGAGAUGGCAAAUCAAUUCGAAAAUCAAUUCUUCUGAAUAUUGAUGAAAAGGAAAAUAGCGCAGCAGCGUUAAUAGGACAUUAUAAACUUGUUAAAGAUAACUCGGAGUAUCAGAAAUAUUAUAAUUAUAGCGGUAACAACCCAUUGUAUCCUAAGUACAAUGCAACGAAUGUACUAUCGUCAUCAGCUGCGUCAGCUAUCGCGAGUAUUUCGACUUUCGUGUUAAAUGCAAAUAAAAUAAUGCAGUUGCGGAAAGAGGCUACAGUAGUUUGCAAGAAUUUUACGAAUUUCUCCAAUUGUAAGAACCGCACCUGUUUGUUCAAUAUCUAUGAGGAUCCGUGUGAAACUACAGAUCUCUUCAUGAAAUAUCCAGAGGACGCGGAGAGAUUGAACAUGUUCAUCGACCACUAUAAAUCGGUCCUCAUGAACCAGACGAAUGCACCCGUCGAUCCGGCUGGCUUUCCGCGUAACUUUAACGACACUUGGAUGCCCUGGUUGCCGGACGACUAUCAGUCGAUCAGCGAAAUGCAUUUCACGAUGAAUGAAGUCACGUCGUAACGACGCUUUAUUCGUUUUGCAUUAUAAAGUGGUAAAGUGCUGAUCAUCUUGAAAAUAGAGCAGAGAAAAAAAGAUAUAUCAAAAAGAUAUAAUAAUCACGCUUAAUUAAUCGUAUUCAUUCAUUAUUAUAUUGUAAAAAUAAAUAACUAAGCCUGUAUAUAGUUUGUAGAAUACCAUUUUGAUAAAUUCAAAUUUUGAUCACUUAAA